AUGCCGCCAGCUUUGCGCACUCCCGCUACGGCCUCAACCCAGUGUGCACUACCGCUGUCCGUCCACCGGGGCGGAGAGGUGGAGGAGGAGGAGGAGGAGGAGGAAGGCUGCAAGGAGAGGUUGCAGGUGCAUAGCCCCAAAGCCAGGAGAAUGAGAAUCGUGUCCGGUUUCACGAGGAAACACGACAGCAUGAGGUGCUUCUGCUCGUCCACGAUGCUUUUUGCAUUCCUGUCCUGGGCGGCACUGCGCGAGGCACAGGGCUGGACGGCACCAGGAUUUUGCCACGGCCUCGACUGUCCGCAGUUCAGCACGGUUCAGGUCAACCAGGACUUUGAGGAGCGUGUGUACAGUGCCACCCGAUGGAUAACAGCCAAAGUCCCGAGUGCUGAAGCAGGCGCCGUGAAAGCAGGAAUGUACAAACUGUACAACUACGGCAAAGGAGAGAAUGAAGCAGGAUCGGAUGUCCCCAUGAACACCUGGCCCGCCCUGGUCACCGUCACAGAGGGGGAGGACGGCUCGGACGGCGAGGUGUCUGUGUCUUGGUUUGUGUCCGCCGACACAGAGCUGCCCAAAGCCACCGACCCCUCCGUCUCAGAGGAGCUCCGACCUGCGGCCACCGUCUACGUCAGGACCUUCGGUGGUUCUCCAAGCCGUGCUCACGGCCAGGAGAACGUAAAGCAGCUCCGCGAGGCCUUGGUGCAUGCUGGGAAAUCCUUUGAGCCCCACAGAUACUCGGGGGUGAUUUACGAGGCUCCCUGGUCGUUUGUCCACCACAACGAGAUCUGGAUCUACGCUGUCUGA